AUGUCUGGGAUCGUUUUCAGUUCUACCUUCCCUCUACCGCAUUCCACUGCAACAUCAAGGCCAAUUGUUAAAAUGUCUGCAAGUCAAGCAAUAAAUCCCAGUUCCAGAACAUUGUUCAAGUCAAUGGUGAUAAAGCCUCCUUCACAUCCAACCUAUGAUAUGGCAGGCAUAAUUAAGCUAGCCCUUGCUGAAGAUGCUGCGAACAUAGGAGAUGUGACUUGUAAGUCAACCAUUCCUGUGGAUAUGGAAGUGGAAGCUCAUUUCUUGGCUAAGGAGGAUGGUAUUGUUGCUGGAAUUGCUCUUGCUGAAUUGAUAUUUGAUGAAGUUGACCCCUCUCUAAAGGUGGAAUGGUCUCGAAGUGAUGGAGACUGUGUUCAUAAAGGACUGCAGUUCGGAAAAGUGUCUGGGCGAGCCCACAACAUUGUAGUAGCUGAAAGAGUGGUGCUUAACUUUAUGCAGCGAAUGAGUGGAAUAGCUACCCUGACCAAGGCAAUGGCCGAUGCCGCACAUCCUGCUACGAUUUUGGAGACUCGAAAAACAGCUCCAGGGCUACGUUUGAUUGAUAAAUGGGCGGUACUAAUUGGUGGAGGAAGAAACCACAGGAUGGGGCUUUUUGAUAUGGUGAUGAUCAAAGAUAACCACAUAUCAAUAGCCGGUGGAAUCAUCAAUGCAAUUAGAUCUGUGGAUAGCUACUUGGAGGAAAGCAACCUUCAAAUGGAGGUUGAGGUUGAAACCAGGACACUUGACGAAGUGAAGGAGGUAUUGGAUUACACAUCUCAUACGAAGUCCGCCUUGUCUCGGAUAAUGCUGGAUAACAUGGUUGUACCGCUGCCAGAUGGUGAUAUUGACGUGUCUAUGCUCAAGGAUGCUGUACAAUUGAUCAAUGGCAGAUUUGACACCGAGGCAUCAGGAAAUGUUACACUUGAGACAGUGCACAAAAUUGGACAGACUGGUGUAACCUUCAUUUCCAGUGGCGCGCUGACGCAUUCGGUGAGAGCGCUGGACAUUUCGUUGAAGAUUGACACAGAGUUGGCGCUCAAAGUUGGAAGACGGACGAAAAGGGCUUGAUGCUAUUAGGGAUGACGAAUCGAUGAUUCAGUCUCAGAGUCAUUUACAUUUCUAUAUGAGUGGGAGGAAGGCGGAAUUGGAGAAGCUAAAGGCAAAAUCUGAUAUGCUUGCUCGACUAAUAAAUAUAGUAGUAUCCCACUCUUUGGAUUACUAUUACGAGAGAUCGAAUUGACGUGACAAUUCUAAAGGAAUUCUCAAUGUUAUGGCUUAAGACGCCAAUCAAACUCAUUUUGCAAGAGGGAUUAAUUUUUGUUACUAGCUUAUGUCAAUAAAUAAUAUUUAUCGUGCCAU